AUGUCAAGGAGGCGGUGGUGGACGAGGAGCCGGGUCCUGGUGGUCGGCGCCACCGGCCGCCUCGGUGGAAGCAUCGCUCGGGCCAGCCUCGCCGCGGGCCACCCCACGUUCGCGCUCGUCCGGCCCCACCACUUCGCACGCCCCGACUCCCCCUUGCUCGAGCCGCUCGUAGCCGCCGGCUCCACUCUGCUCCAGGGGUCACUGGAAGAUUACUCGAGCCUGCUCGAGGCGGUGCGUCAGGUGGACGUUGUCAUCUGCGCGGUGCCCACGAAGCAGGUGCUCGAGCAGAAGCCCCUGAUUCGGGCUAUAAAGGAAGCUGGAUGCGUGAAGAGAUUUAUUCCAGCAGAAUUUGGAGCAGAUCCAACAAAGGUUCAAAUUUGUGACAUGGAUUAUGGCUUCUAUGAGAAGAAAAUUGAAAUCCGUCAUUCAAUAGAGAGUGAAGGCAUUCCUCAUACCUACAUAUGCUGCAACUUCUUUAUGCGCUAUUUGCUUCCUUCACUGGUGCAACCUGGCCUAGAUGCUCCUCCUAGAGAUAAAAUCAAAAUAUUCGGUGAAGGAAAUACUAAAGUUGUUUUUGUUAAAGAGAAUGAUGUUGCUAAAUUUACAAUAUGCACCAUAGAGGAUCCCAGGACAUUAAACAAGACGUUAUAUCUGAGGCCUCCAGGAAACGUCUGCUCAAUGAAUGAAUUGGCUGACCUCUGGGAGACAAAAAUCAAGAAAUCCCUGAAAAGAUUAUAUGUAACAGAAGAGCAACUUCUUAAAGAAAUCCAUGAUGCUCCAUUUCCCUUGAAGAUGGAUCUAAUUUUCAUAUAUUCAGCAUUUGUUAAGGGUGACCACACAUAUUUUGAAUUUGACUUGUCAAUUGAAGGAACUCAACUGUAUCCCCAUAGCAACUCAGGGCAUAAUAGGCAUUCUCGCAAUGAUGCUUCCACAAAGCACAAAAGUGGCUAUGAACCUUCAGACACAGAAACUGAGUGGCAUGAAAGCCCUUGGAACGAUGGAGCAUUGACAUCAGAGAGGAGUCGUCUUCCUAAAGAUCGUGGUAGGAAUGACCAAGUUGGUACUAGGAGGCAAAACAUAUCUCCUAACCCCACAAGAGAUUAUCAUGCUGAGAAAACUUCAAACUUGAGAUACAGUCGUACUCCUCCGAGGGUCACAGAACAAAGGCGCCAUCCUUCUCCAUUUGCGGCUGUGAAGAAUGAAUCACGUAAGAAGAGCAGCCGGACGCCUCCCAGAUUCCGUUCUUCUAUGGAAAGCUUUAGUAGAUCAUCAAUUAAGGCAAGGUUUUCCCGCAAUCGUUCAAUUUCUACACCGAAACUACGGCCACAAGAGAAGGAACAUCCUGCUAGAGCUCCUGCAUUUCCUGGCAGUAACCCGGUCUCAACACAUCCAGAAAGAGAAGUUGCUGAUAAUAUUGAAGAAGAUUCACAUGCAGAAAAUUGUUCCCAGGAGAUCAAUGAGUUGAUUGCAAAUGGCAAGUUACCUAAUUCCAGAUAUAAUGAGUAUGCUUUUACGAGCACAGAGUCGAUACCUACAGGUGAUAUCUUCUUCUCCCGUGAUUGCAGGGCUCCACUUGAGAAAAGAUCAACAAAGCAUAACAAUAUUGACCAGUCAUUUACCUCUGACUCAAAUGCCCAUGCUGAGAAUGAUGGCACUAUUACUCAAAGUAAUUUGGGCCAGCCAUCACAAUUUGUUUCAGCUCGGACAGGUGUUUCACGCACAACUACAAAAUCCAGUUAUGCUACUGGUCGCCACUACCAGAUAAGCAGCACCACCACUUUGAGUAGCCCAUAUAGCAAUGGCAGAUUAAGUGGGGAGAGUGGAAAGUUUAGUGAAAUCACUGGGAAACUAGUUGGAGGCGUCAUGAAAUUCACAUCCAGCAAGGUGCAAAAUGAUGCGUGGCUUCCAUGUAUGACAGGGAAGGCAUGUCGGAAAUCAAGAACGUCGAACAACAAAAAAAAUGAUGAAUCUGAAUCAAGUUUCAUUCAGAAGGCACUUGUUGUUGAGAAGAUUAGACUUUUGUGGGCUGAUAAGCAUCGUCCACGAAAUUUAAAUGGAUUUACUUGCCACAGGGAGCAAGUUCAGCAGCUUAAACAAUCGGUCUCCAUGGAAUUUUGCCCACAUAUUAUUUUCAAAGGUCCUCCGGGAUCAGGAAAGAGAUCUUUGUGCAGAGCUGUCCUCACCGAAAUUUUUGGCGAUUCCUCUCUGAAUGUCUCUCACUAUUUGAAGAGCUGCAAUGGCCAGGGGUCCGUAUCUGUGCCUAUUCUCGUCCCAGUUUCAUCCAGCAGUCACCAUGUGGAACUCCACAUGAGGUUUCAAUCCAAGAACGCUAGAUAUGCUUUGAUGACUCUAGCAAAUGAAAUGUCGGAUAAGUGUAAAAUCACUGAGCCAAUUGUGAGAAAGAGCUUUAAAGUAAUUGUUCUCUAUGAUGUUGAUAAAGUCAACGAAAAUAACCAGCGUCUGAUAAAAUGGAUAAUCGAUUCCUCCUCUGAUGCAUGCAAGAUAAUAAUGACUUGCCAAGAUGAAUCUAAUCUCCUAGAUUCUAUAAAGAGUUGCAAGAUUAUUUCAAUUGGUGUGCCCAGUACACGUGAGGUGGUAGAUAUCCUUACCUAUAUAUCAAAAAAAGAGAAUUUUGAUCUUCCUACAAGUUUUGCUACUACCAUUGCAAAUCAAUCCAGGAAGAACUUGAGGGAGGCUAUAUUGGCUUUGGAGGCAUGUAAAGCCAACAAUUAUCCCUUCAUCGAUGGACAAGCUAUACCACUAGGAUGGGAGGAUGUUCUGGAGGAACUUGCAGCAGAAAUUUUGGAUGAUCUUGCUCCUAAAAGGUUAUUUCUGGCACGAGGCAAGCUCCAAAAGCUCUUGGUGGAAUUUGUACCUCCUAAACUAAUACUCCAGAAGCUCGUAGAACUCUUCCUGAAGGGAAUUCAGACUAGCGUGAAGAGAGAAGUCUAUUAUUGGCAUGCCUACUAUGAUAAGAGGUUGCCUGUUGGUGCAAGUGCUCUGCUUAAAUUGGAAGAAUUUGUUGCCAAGUUCAUGAGCAUCCACCGGAAAAGCCUGUCACAUGAGCCCAAGAUUCCUAAGGUGGCGCCGUGA